AUGCCCCUUGGGCUGGAGGACACAGCCUGGCUCAGCCGAGCGGAACCCACGGUGCUGCUGAUCGCUGGCCUGGCCUGGACUGUGCUGGAGACCACAGCUGCCACCGAGUGGAGCUGUGCGAAGCCUGCGGAGAUCGAGCACGGCUACGUGGAGCACCUGAUCCGGUACCGCUGCGACCCGCACUACCAGCUGCGCGGCAGCGAUGGCAUCUACAAAUGUGACGAGGACCACGCCUGGGUGAGCCUCGAUGCUGGCAAGGAGACCCCUGUCUGUGAGCCAGGGAAGGGCAACUUCCCGUGGCAGGGCCGGUUGGUGCCCCACCACAACCUCACCGCGGGGGCCACGCUCAUCAGUGACCAGUGGCUGCUGACCACGGGCAGAAAUGUCUACCUGGGCCACAGUGAGGAUGCCCAGCCUGAGGAGAUCGCCUCCACGCUGCAGCUCUUCCUGGGAGGCCGGGGGCAGCCAGCCUUGGCCAUUGAGCGUGUGGUGCUGCACCCUGGCUACCCAGGGGCUGUGGAUCUGGCCCUGCUGAAGCUCAAGGAGAAGGUGCCCCUCGGAGACGAGGUGAUGCCCAUCUGCCUGCCCCAGAAGGACUAUGUGCGCCCAGGGCGGGUGGGUUAUGUCUCGGGCUGGGGCCGUGGCGCCACCUUUGCCUUUUCCGAGAUGCUGAAGUACGUGAUGCUGCCAGUGGCGGAGAGCGAGAGCUGCAGGCAGUACUAUGAGGCGCGCAACGCGUCUCACUGGGUCCAGCCCAUCCUCAGCAACGACACCUUCUGUGCGGGCAUGAGUGAGCUGCGGGAGGACACGUGCUACGGUGAUGCUGGUGGUGCCUUCACUGUCCAGGACCCUGAUGACGACACCUGGUACGCAGCUGGCAUCCUCAGCUUCGACAAGACCUGCACAUCCUCCAAGUACGGCGUCUACGUGGAUGUGCGGCGCGUCCUGGACUGGGUCAAGGAGACGGUGGCGGCCGGCUGA